GGGUUGUUAUUGACGCCAUAUUGGGACCGGCGGCGGGUGGAAGAGUCGUACCGUGACAGAGGAAGCGGCCGGACGUGUUCGUCGGAGCUCCCGCCGCCACAGCCACCUAGCCACCCCUCCUCAUCUGCCGCCGCUCGCCAGCUUCUGAGCGUACUCGGGCGCGUUAGAAGCUGUGUUCCAGCCUCGCUCCUCCCGGGACCGUGAUCGACUUCCGAAGGGAGCCGGUCUCCGCUUGGGGGUUCCGGAGCCCGGACGGACGGACGGCGGGGCGGCCGGAGCCUCUCCCGGGGAUCCGCGCCGGAGGAGGCGGAAGAGCCCCCCCUGACGCGGCCGGCGUGCGUGCGGCCACCGCCCCUCCCGUCCUCACCCGGGCCGGCCCUGGCCACUGCCCCUGCCGCGGAGGCAGCGGCGGCGGCGGAGGCGGCGGCGCGAUCCUCGGCGGGCGCCCCGACACCCACCGUCUGCUUCUGCGCCCGUCGGUUGGGCGCUCGGCGAGUCUCCUCUCGUAACCUCCCUGCUUUCCCGGACCGCGCCCGAGUCGGGCGCCGCGGCUGCCCCCCACCAUGGCGUGCGGAGCGACUCUGAAAAGGACUCUGGAUUUCGACCCGCUGCUGAGCCCCGCGUCCCCGAAGCGGAGGCGCUGUGCGCCAUUGUCGGCGCCCACCUCGGCCGCCGCCUCUCCGGCGGCUGCGGCCGCGGCCACCGCCGCCUGUUUCUCGGCCGCGGCCGCUUCGCCGCAGAAGUACCUCCGGAUGGAGCCGUCCCCCUUCGGCGACGUCUCCUCCCGCCUCACCACAGAACAAAUUCUGUACAACAUAAAACAAGAAUACAAACGUAUGCAGAAGAGAAGACAUUUAGAAACUAGUUUCCAGCAGACAGAUCCAGGUUGUAGUUCUGACGCACAGCCACAUGCAUUUCUCCUCAAUGGGCCAGCUUCACCAGGGACUUCAUCUGCAGCAUCUUCACCAUUAAAAAAAGAACAGCCCUUAUUUACUCUACGGCAGGUUGGGAUGAUCUGUGAACGUUUGUUGAAAGAACGUGAAGAGAAAGUUCGAGAAGAGUAUGAAGAAAUACUGAACACAAAACUUGCAGAACAAUAUGAUGCAUUUGUGAAGUUUACGCACGAUCAAAUAAUGAGACGAUAUGGGGAACAGCCUGCUAGUUAUGUUUCAUGAAUCACGUCACUACAAUUGUGGGCUGCCUUGUUCCUUGUUGCAGGAGGUCCUGAUUAUGAUAUGCAGCAAUGGCAAUAUACCCCCUGUGAAUACAGGUUUCUUCAAGCUUUCGUCAGUGGCAACCACUCUUAGGCAGCAGCAGCUGGUUUUGGAAAUUUCCCUGAUGUCAGUACCACCUGGAUGUGGACCUUUGCUACCUGUAUUAAUACCAGUGGCCUCAUUUUGCUGUGUCAUUACAAUUUGGCUUCUUAUAGUAAUGUGUUUGAAAAGGAUUAAAGCUGGUAUUCUAGAACAUGCCCUUCACUGGUUGUGUAAAUAAAACUGUAGAAUGGCACUUGAGAUGAAGUUAGUGUGAUUUUAAUUGUGCACUACAACCAAGCUGUAACCAGUUAUUAAUAAUUUAGAAUGUAAUCUGAAGACAAUAUUAAGCAAAUAGCCUACAGUGCUUCCUAUGAAAUUGUGAAGGAGGGCAUUUCUGUAUUCCAGGACUUUUUGGGGUUUCAAAAUGGGUUUAUAUGAUUUUUUUUGGUAGUUUUAUUUAUUCUAUCAGUCUUUUAAAACAAAUGUUUAUUGCUGCAUCACUCUCCCCCCCCCCCCCGCCCCAAGUGUAUCAUUGUUUUACUGCCCUUGUAGUACUGGAAUUUAGUUGGAAGAAUAAAACAUUUACUUCUGU